AUGUCUCGUCUUCAGUCUUCUACUUUCUUUUCUAAAUUAAUUCACUUAAAUGCCAACACUAAAAAUGUAAUAAGGAAAUGGAAAUGUGAUUCGUAUUCAUCAUUACUAGGAGAAAAGUUUAUUGGAACUUAUAACAAGGAUUCAAGUCGACCGCAUAGAUUGUUACCUAUAUUCAAAGAACUACCGACAGAAAACUUGGUGCCUCCGGUAAUACCGGAACAAAAAUGGACACCAAAUUCUAUUCGUCUGGGUGUUCUUGCGCGUAAAAAAGGCAUGACUGCUCUAUGGGAUGAGUGGGGCGUUCGAAUACCCGUAACCGUUUUUCAGUUAGAAAAUUGUCAAGUAACUCAAGUAGUAUCGCAUGGACCAAAUGCUCGGCGCAAAAAUAUAGUUGAUAUACAAAUUGGAUGCACAGAUCGCAGACGUCCCGAAAGAUACAUGACCAGAGCUUUGAUUGGUCAUUUCCGAAAAGUUGGUUUGGCUCCCAAAAAAUACGUGGAGCUGUUUCAUGUUACGCCUGAUGCAGCAUUGCCUGUUGAAUUAAAGGCUGCACAUUUUGUGCCAGGACAAUUUGUGGAUGUUCAAGGAACAACGCAAGUUUACCGGCGUCACAUGGUACUUCGCUCGCCCACCGUUCCGCUGGUUCAACGGGUCAAAGAACGGUUUGAUCCCGGAAAAGUUUUUAAAGGAAAAAAGAUGGCCGGGCGGAUGGGCGGAAAAAAACACACCUCACAUAAUCUCCGAGUUAUAAAAAUUGAUAAUGCACUCAACUGUUUAUACAUUAAAGGUGCUGUAGCAGGAUACGCGGGCGAGAUUGUACGGAUCAAAGACGCCAUACGAAAACAUGGUACUUUGGCAUUUCCAAAAGACGCGUUACCGCCACCUUUCCCCACUAUUCAUCCAAAGGUAUUAGAAAGUAUGCCCAGAGAGUUGGGAGCAAAGACAGGAGGAACUGAUCCUUUUUUGAUCAAGGAAUCUUAA